UAUCCUCCCUCGAUCUUUUCUUGUGGGCUGGUUCCAUGGGUUGUACCACAUCCUGUGUCGCUGCAAUCACAUCUAGCUCAACAUCAAUCUGAUCCCGAUCUCGACCUCUGAAUCUCAUCCAUACAUCAUGUCCGAUAAAGAAUUUGGAGGCGCUGAUGACCUCAGUCUUCCCAAAGCCACGGUGCAGAAGAUCAUCUCGGAGAUCCUCGCCCAGCUGCCUCCGGACAACCGCCAACAGAUCGCGGGUGGGUCUGGCGAGAAGGGCGAGAUGACCUUUACCCGACCAGCGCGCGACCUACUGAUCUCCUGCUCCCUCGAGUUCUUGCGCAUGCUCUCCUCCGAGUCCAACGAAAUCUCGGAGAAGGAAUCCAAAAAGACCAUCUCUGUCGAACACGUUGAGCAAGCCCUAACGGAUCUGGGCUUUGGUAGCUACAUCGAAGGCUGCCGUGGCGUGGUUGGCGAGUGGCAACAAGUCCAGAAGAAGCGCGUCGGUCGUGGAGAAAAGAUGCGCAAUUUCGGCGGCUUUGACAAAAUGGGUAGCGAAGAACUCCAGCGCAUGCAAGAGGCGUUGUUCGGUGAAGCCCGUGGCAAAAUGGAGAGCGUUUCGGAACCUCAAUGAGAUGAUGGCAAUCAACCUCAUUUCGACACAUCUUUGGACCGAUACAAUACCAGUCUUGUGGGCCUCUAUCACCGCGGUCUACACAGCAACAGACACAUCAUAGGCUGAUCUUUGAGCGAAUACUCUCCGAUACCUAGAACCGACGGCUGCCACCCUUUUAUGGUUAGGCUCCAGCGAAACACCAUCAGAACUCUCAAUCUCGACAUUCCUUGGAUGGCAGGCUGUUACAUCAAAUCUCACGCGAUCAACUCGCCAAUAUUCAACUUCUUAACGGCGCCCCUUGGAAGACUUGAUGAUAUGCGCAAUGCAAACAAAAGCAAUCGUCUCGGCGGCACACUCUCCCACCGCCAAUACAUAACCAUGAGCAGGACGGCGCCCAUGCAUCUUCCCAUACGGCAGAAGGAAAAGGGAGAGGGGCGCGGAGGGGGAAAGAAGCAUGAGGUCCUCUAGAUCAAGGCGGAACUUCCAUCUUCCUAGCAUCGGACUCAACCAUCUGGACCAGAUCUGGAGAGGGUUCACCAAAAAGCUUGCUGCAUGCAAAACAUCGCCAGGAUGCAUGCGCCAUUAAUGUGUCAUAUGCACGCAUUCGCGACGUCACAUUUCGCAUUCAUUCGCUACUAGUAUAGUAUCAAAUAGCGACUGCAAGUUCACUCAUGGUAACGAACCGACACAGAUGUUUUUCAUGAUUUUAUUAGAAUUAGAGACGUUUUCGUAUUAACGCCAGAUUGGCCUGUCU